GCUGUGCAAAACGAGCGCAAGGGAAAAUUUUAUGUUGAGGAAAACCCGCAAGGAUUAUGGCCUCAAACACGGCAUCUGUAGUGUAUAUCCCUUCUUUGAAAGACUUGAUAUUUGCAGUGAUUAUCUUUUCGUCGAUGUUCUCCGUUACUGCCGCCUUGUGUGUUGGUGGAUGCUUUAAAGAAGGUUUUGUAUGUUGUAAUAGCGCUUGUAUCCAGGGAUCCAGUUGUGUGGGUCUUCCUUGUUCAAACUAUGACUUCUGUUCAUCUGGUGAAACUUGCUGCAACAAUAUUUGUGUGAAUGGAACAAGCUGCCUUGGUAAAGGCUGUUCGGUGGAAUCAGAUUGUGCCUCGAGUGAAGUAUGUUGUAGCGGAACCUGUAAAGAUGGCUUUUUUUGCAUUGGAUUGUCGUGCAAGGCAAAUUACGACUGUACAUCUUACGAGAACUGCUGCGGAGGAAUAUGUAGCUAUGAAGUAGACUGCGAAGUAGACUGCGAUGAUUUCGCUAUUUGGAUCUUGCUUUGUUCAAUUUCUGCUUGUCUGUUUAUCAUUUUGUUCCUCUUCAUGCUUGUUGUCUGCUUUUGUCGAAGUCGAAGAAGGUACUACGAAAGAGUUUUAGAAGGAGGAAGACUACCAUCGGUAACAACUGUGAGAGACAGCAGCCUGUCUUAUCCAUAUCUACCGUCCUAUCAACAGAGCUAUCCGUACUUUCCACAGCCACAGUACGUUCGGUAUCCGCCAAACAAUGUUGGCCCAGCAAAGACAAGUGAAGCACCCCCUCCUUACAACCGUACCUCAGAGGAGGCAUCAGGGGUGGUGAAUACACCUCAUACAAACUAUGGUGCUGUGUCAAAUUCUUUAAAAAAUGCAAGAAAACCCGCAAGGAUUAUGGCCUCAAACACGGCAUCUGUAAUGUAUAUCCCUUCUUUGAAAGACUUGAUAUUUGCAGUGAUUAUCUUUUCGUCGAUGUUCUCCGUUACUGCCGCCUGGUGUGCUGGUGGAUGCUUUAAAGAAGGUUUUGUAUGUUGUAAUAGCGCUUGUAUCCAGGGAUCCAGUUGUGUGGGUCUUCGUUGUUCAAACUAUGACGGCUGUUCUUCUGGUGAGACUUGCUGCAACAAUAUUUGUGUGAAUGGAACAAGCUGCCUUGGUAAAGGCUGUUCGGUGGAAUCAGAUUGUGCCUCGAGUGAAGUAUGUUGUAGCGGAACCUGUAAAGAUGGCUAUGGUUGCAUUGGAUUGUCGUGCCAGGCAAAUUACGACUGUACAACUUACGAGUACUGCUGCGGAGGAAUAUGUAGCUAUGAAGUAGACUGCGAUGAUUUCGCUAUUUGGGUCGUGCUUGGUUCAAUUUUUGCUUGUCUGUUUAUCAUUUUGGUCCUCUUCAUGCUUGUUGUCUGCUUUUGUCGACGUCGAAGAAGGUACUACGGAAGAGUUUUAGAAGGAGGAAGACUACCAUCGGUAACAACUGUGGGAGACAGCAGCCUGUCUUAUCCAUAUCUACCGUCCUAUCAACAGAGCUAUCCUUACUGUCCACCGCCACAAUACGUUCAGUAUCCGCCAAACAAUGUUGGCCCAGCAAAGACAAGUGAAGCACCCCCUCCUUACAACCGUACCUCAGAGGUGGCAUCAGGGGUGGUGAAUACACCUCAUACAAACUAUGGUGCUGUGUCAAAUUCUUUAUAGAAACGCGAAGGUUUGAUUUCAUUUAAGUUAUCAGUGUAUCAAAGGACCAAUAUGUACAGAGGAACAUAUUGUUCUUAUUGUUAGAAAAAUGCAAGCAAGCCAUGCACUUGGAACUUUGAUCCCAUUUUUUAUCUUCACUCUUUGCCUUAAACCUCUAACCUCUAAGAGUGACUAGCUUCUCAUUUCUCUUCACCGUAACAUUUCUGAAUCAAACAUUAAAUUCGCAGAAUCAAAACAAAUGAUUGUCAGUGUAACAAGCUCUUAAUUGUUAGACAAAUCUUUCAUAACAGUAACCAUAGAAAAUUUAUGGAAAACAACAUGAUGAUUAUGCACAGUGAUGAUAGGGUUUAAACUGUUAGGGUUGUCAUAUUUUUUUCCUAGGUAAUUUUGAUUUUUUUUCUUAAUAAAGCAUCAGAAUUUUGACCUUUCAAAAUUUAUUUUCAAAGGUUCCAGCUAAAGUAAUUCAAUAGGAUUUUAUGUCUUGAUGGUUGUUACUUGAAGAAAUAAGGGCUGAGGUUCUUGAUAUCAAUAUGAAUGGCAGAUAAAUAGUAGAAUUCCUUCUUCAAGCUUGUCUCUUGAAAUUUCUACCAAUCAUACAUGAAAAUGCCACUUAAACUAAGUAAAGUGCAGCUUAGAGCUGAAAAACAAGUUUGCUCUGUCUAAUUUCCUGAUCGAACUGUUUGAAUUUCAAAAUUAUUUAGAUGUUGACCUUGAGUGUGAAUCAAAAAAUUAAAGUAGGAACCAGGCCUGAUUGGAGCAAACCCUGGGUUAGCACAAAAAAAAAAGAUUAAAAAAUGUUGCUGUGGCAAAUAAUUAGGACUAAUUUUGAUUUGUAAACUUGGCAAAAGGCAAUAGCAUACUGCACUGAACCUAUAAGGGAUAUCAUGGAUUUCUAAGGUAAUAUUUAUUAAUCACAUUGGGAAGGGAUUGUAAGAGAUCUCUAAGGCUUUGUUGUUUAUAGCAGACAUGUUUGAAUAAAAAGCAAGUUAUAUUAAAAGCUAAUUUUAUUAGUGGAAAGCUACAGCCUAGUUUUUGUUUUUUAAUUAGUUUUGUUUUUCAUUUAGUUCUGUUUUGUAACUAGUAGGAUUAUGGCACUCCAAAGCUGUGAUUGGAACUACUGUUAACUCUUCUUCGUAAACUUUUUCCCCCCAAAUUUUAUUCUGAUUUAAAAGUAAGCAUUGGCACUCAGCUCUCCUGCCAACCAUCAGGCUGAGUAGAAUAAGAAACUGAUGGUUGGAUGUAUCAUCUGCCAAGAAAUAUGCCAAAUUUAUGUACCAUUUGACAAAGUGGAAGAGCUGGAAAUGAGAAUGUAAAAUAUUCACAAAACUUGAUACAAGGAUAAAAUUAUGACUAAUUAAUCAAUUUUUUUGAUUGGUAAAUUUCCAGUUAUUUCCCUUGCAAAGACUCAAUAUCAGCCUUCUUAUCAUAAGGGGCAUAUGAGGUGUCAAGGAGGCUGUAGUUAUGGGCUGAUUUUCAAAAGUUAGCAAUUCCUUUGUUUUCUAAGGAAACUCUGGUAUUGGUAUUUUAAAAAACAAGCAUCUAUCUAAGGCUUGAUCUGAUAAGAACAACAUCUUGAGGACCCCAAAAUCUUUCAAAUUUCAGAUUUCAAAUUUCAGAUUUCAAAUUUCAGAUUUCAAAUUUCAGAUAUCAGAGCAGGUGUUACUCAUUAGGAAAGUAGUACAACCAUAUUCCAGUAGUUCUUAGUUAAAGAUUCAACCUCUUGAUCUUAUUGCAUACCAGAGAACAGUUAUUUUUUUCUGUUAUAGUAAAUAUAAAACUGCUUUGUCACCUAAUUUUAAAUUAAUUUAAGCUCAUAAUCCUUCUGGUACAUUUCUGCACAAUUCAGCCUUAAAAAUUAUUGACUGGGAUUAGAUUUAUACAAAGUAGCACUUUUAAAAGUACAAAAAAGAGCUCGUUCUCUUCAUUCCCUAUCUCCAAAAUCAGUAUUAGGGAGAACAUAUGGGGGAUGAUGCCCUUAUUUUUCGUUGUUUAUGAAACAGUGGAACAGUUAACGUGCUAUAUGGGUCUGGUUAAGAUAAGUUUAAUAAAUUUGAUGUGCUGUGAAGUGAUUAAAAACUAUCAACAAUA